AUGGGCGCCAUGUUUGGCGCCCUCACCACCUUCUCCAGCGAGGCGGGCAUCAUCCAGCGGGAGCGCUCCUCCAAGUCGUACCACGUCCUCCCCUACUACCUGGCGCGCUUCAUAUGCGACAUGCCGCUGCGCGUGGGCCAGGGUCUGCUGUUUGGCUCGAUACUGUACUGGAUUGUGGGGCUGAACCCCAGCGCCAAGGCCUUCUUCAUCUUCUGCGCCCUGACCAUCUGCGAGGGCCUGGCGGCACAGGGCCUGGGCGUUGCCAUCAGCGCGGCGGCGAAGAACGAGAAGGUGGCCAUCGCGCUUGCGCCCAUGAUCACCGUCAUACUGAUGCUGUUUGGCGGCUUCUACGUCAACACGCAGACCAUCCCGCCCGUGCUGAGCUGGAUCCGCUACAUUUCGCACCUGUACUGGGCCUUCAUGGGCUUUGCCAUCAACGACUUUGCGGGGCGCACCGGGUGGGAGACCAACGGCAUCCCCAUCACCGGCGACCAGAUCCUGACGCAGCUGGACUUUGACGGCAACCACCUGUGGCAGGCCUUCAUGGGCCUGCUGCUCCUCGUGUUCGGCUUCAACGUGCUGGGCUACCUGCUGCUGCGCUUCACCAAGCCCCGCUACCUGCCCCUGGCCAACUCGCCCGCCAAGAAGGUGGCCUGA